AUGGCCGAUUCCUUCACCCUCCCCCUGCGCCCGGUUGUGGAGCAGCAAAACCGCCCCGACACUCUCCCCGUGGAGAUCGCCCAGAUCAACAGCCAGUGGGGUUCCUUUCGCGAUGUGAACGAGGAAGUCCUUCGCGCGAAAAUUGCCGAGGAGGAAGCUCGAGACGGUGCGCUAUCUGAGGAUGGCGAAGGGGAGUCCUCUGAUGUCGACACGACUGAGCGCCUCGAGCAGCUGUACAAGCGGCGUGCCGACAUCACUCAAUUCGCCAUGCAAUCUCACAUGGAGACCACGUUUGCUCUCGACUUCGUCUCCUUGUUGCUAUCUAAGCAUGCUCCACGCCAGGCCGAAACCUCCAUGUCCGCGUACUUGAAGCAAAUCGCACCUGUCGGUUCCCUCCAUUCCGAAGUCGUCAACCCUCCCCCGAAACCCGAAUCGGCUUCGAAAGAUGUUUCGACUGUAUCGAGAGGAUGGAGGACACAGAACUUCAAUUCGGCGGCCAACAAGCUGUUAACUACCUCCACGAGACUUGAAGGUGAAAUCACGUCAGAGACACGAUACUGGAAUGAGGUUCUGGCUAUCAAAGAGAAUGGCUGGAAGGUCUGCAGAUUGCCUCGUGAAAGGCAAGCGUUGGGUGUUCAGUACGGAUUCCUGGAAGCCACGCCAGUUUUCCGCGACCGUGGACUUGCUUCCCUUCGACGGGCCGAGAAUGGAAGCUUGAUCCUGGACAAGGGCUUGAUACCUUCUGGGUCACGUUUCGUCCGAGUUCAUGUGAAGCAAGGGUCUAAUGUCUUUACAAGCUCGAAUCCGACUGAAUCUACCUCGCCUGAUGUUGAAACGAUCGAGCAACGCAUUCUCCAGGCGCGCGACUCCGUGUUUGAGGAAGAGCUGUUCCACGAACUAGUUCGGGAGGCCCGGUCUAUGGCAAGCUCCGGCGUCACAACACGUGAGAAUCUCAUUCGAAUCCCCGCCUCUGACGAAAUGGAGAUCCAGUUGGAAUUGGUGGACAGCAACGACGACAGCCUCCAGUCCGAUCAAAACUCCCCCCAGCGAGACAGCCUUCUCGCGGACGGUCUGGCACACUCAAUCCGCCUCCUUCUCGCAUUUGCCCAUCGCCAGAAUAUGCAUCGACGAACCCAAAUGCCGCCGCCGCUUACUUCCAAGAAGCGACACACUCCUGAAUACCAUCUCCUUCGGCCCGCAUUAGCUUAUCUGCAGCACUUAUCGAGCGUCAAAUGGUUGGAAUCAUACUUCAGUGAUAUAUUUGGUGUUUUGCGAUCGUCUGGAUUGGAACCUGCGGAAUAUAUUUCGGACACAUUCUCGACCUGGAAACAGAUCUCUCUGUCUCCUGUAGCGCCUAGGGUUGAGGCUCUUGUUGAGAAAUUCCUGAGGCCAAUCCAGUCGGUUUUCCGAGGUCAGCUCCUCACGCCAAAUGGCUCUUUCGCUGUUACAAUUCAGACCAAUUUAUCAGGACCGCCAUUCGGUACCUUUUUUGACGUCUCGUUCGAUCUGCCAACAGUCUCCGACCUCAAGUCUCCUGGCCGUCUUGGGAUGAGAGAUGAAGUCGAGUCCGCCAUCACUCAUCUACUCCUUCUCGAUGUCGUUUCUAAUAUCGCAUCCAAAGAACUCCCAGCAAAGAAAGCAGAGAGCCCUGAACCGACAGGCUCUAGGAAGUGCAAAUGGGAUGCAGUUUAUCCUCACCUGGGAGAACUUCUGCUGAGCUCAGAAAACCCCGAAAAGCACAAGAAGAUGAAAGUUUCCCUAACUCGGUCCGGGUUGGGUCUCUCGAGUUAUGUUGUACGCAGUAUUGAUGGUGUUGGACGAGGUGCCCAAGAACGCCCGUCUCUCCAUUCCCAGCCUUCUACAUGGAAAUCACCCUCAAUUUCGGCUAGCACUCCCGACAAUGGGUCUUCCAUGAUGAACUUCAUUGUUGCUCAGGCGUCUCACGAUGAGUAA